AUGGAUGUUACUGAUGCUGUAUCACGGGCGCCUGUACUCGCCGCCAGCGCACAGAGACGACGACCAGGAAGUGAAAUAUCUCGCCACACGCAGCAUAGUCAACCGACUCAGGAGAAGGAGAAACUCGGUAGGAGGUUGAGAACAUUCGACAACUGGACAGGGACGGUUAAAUCAUUACAGCUCGCUAUUGCGGGGUUUAUGCUGAUCGGCCCUGGGGACAAAGUGGAAUGUGACACCUGCAAGGUUAAACUGUACAACUGGACGGAGACAGAUGUCCCCCUUGACGUACAUCGGAAAUACUCCCCAGACUGCAGCUUCCUCAAGAAGUGGUUUCCUGCGCUUACGCCUACGCUACGAUCUGGAUAUGAUGUUACCAAGGCAAAGUAUAGCGAUUUUGUUGAACAGGUAAAGAGACUGGGCACGUUUGAAGCGUGGCCCCUUAAACUGGAUAUUCAAUCUCCUCCAAACAUGGCUGCCGCCGGGUUUUUCUAUAUCGGCUCUGCAGACCGAGCUCGGUGCUUCUACUGCGGGCUGACAUUAAGGGACUGGGAUACUGAUGAUGAUCCGUUUGAUGCGCAUCUCCAGUGGUCUCCAAGAUGUGAGUAUAUAAAACACGCCCACAACAGCAAACGGGGGGAUGGAAUUGACAUGAGGUCACAGGAUCCACGACACGAUGGAGCGUCUUGUGCACAAAACAAACCUGUUGUGGUUGCUGCAAAUCAUGGAUCCAGGGACAAAGACGGACCUGGAACCGGAUGUCCCACAAAGGUUCACGCAGGUGCUCCUCCAAGUAAACCAAGACACUCCCCACAGGUAGAGGCGGUGCAUACCAUGGGAAUCUCAUAUGAGCUGAUUCAGCAAGCUGUUGCAUCAAGGAGUACAGGGGAUGACUUUCCUGACGCCACGUCGUUAUAUCUGGCGGUGGAGGAACUGAUGGGAAACUGA